AUGACGAGGGGCGUGUGGAUCGUUGCUGGGCUGCUGUUGGCAGGCUGUGCAGCGCAGGGUCGCCAGGAUGGCAAGUUGUCUCUGACACCACCAAUGGGUUGGAUGUCAUGGGAGAUCUUUCGCUGUGAGACCGAUUGUGCCAGUGACCCGGACAACUGCAUUAACGACAAGCUGUACAUGACCUCGGCCGAUGCCUUGGCUGAGGGCGGCUACCUGGCAGCUGGCUAUGACACCAUUCAUAUUGACGACUGCUGGGAGCGUCAGACGCCAACCCGCGAUCCCAACACUGAUCGCUUGGUGCCAAAUGCCACCCGUUUUCCCGAUGGCAUGAAAGCAGUGGCCGACUACGUGCACGGCAAGGGCGUUAAAUUUGGCCUAUACACGGCCGAGUCAUCCAAGACGUGCGGCGGCUAUCCUGCCUCCAAGGACCAUGAAGUGCUAGAUGCCAGCACCUUUGCCGAAUGGGGUGUUGACUACCUCAAAGUGGAUGGUUGUGGUGAUACAAGCUAUUACAACGAGGGCUAUCCCCGUAUGGGCUCGGCCCUGCAAAAUCAAUCGCGGGAUAUUGUGUACUCUUGCUCUUGGCCCGCCUAUCUAGGCAGCGACGAAACAACCAAGCCCUACGAGCGGUUUAUCGAGAUUGGCUGCAACCUGUGGCGUAACUGGAACGACAUUCAGUGCAACUGGGCUUCCCUGUCCAGCAUCAUUGAUCACUGGGGCCAAUACGGUGAAACCCUGCGCAAAUAUGCCGGCCCAGGCCAUUGGAAUGAUCCGGAUAUGCUGCUCAUCGGUAAUGACUGCAUCAAUGCCGACGAGGCUCGCACUCAAAUGGCGAUUUGGUCCAUUGUCGCUGCCCCUUUGAUUAUGGGCAACGACGUGCGCAACAUCUCAGCCGAACACCGAAACAUUUUGCUGAACAAGGAUGCCAUUGCGAGUGGCGGACGGCUCGCUACCUGCCUCGUGCCGCUGGGACCAACGCUGACUGCUUGCCACUGCCCCCCUGCGAGCCCCCAGACUGACGGGUCGAGCUGCCUCAAGAACAAUGCCAAGUGCGGCUGGGUCAACAACAACAAUUACAUGUACUUUGAUAAGCUUGACAAGACGCCACCCGUGCAGCACCUCAACAUCUCGCUGCGCUUUGCCGAUGUGGGCCUGGCUGGUCCCGUGGAGGUCUACGACAUCUGGGCACAAAAGUCUCUUGGAGUGGCCCAGGACACCAUCGCGCAAUGGGAUCUAGAAACAGGUCGCCUCUUCAUUGGCGAUGUCGGAGGCAACGACCCGGUGCGCGGCCGUUGGUUCGCACAGCGGACAUGGAAACACGACACGAUGACGAUGUUCCUCACUCUGGCAUUGUCGGUUCGUAUGAUUUGGACUCACACCACGCAGGCAAUAGCCGAGGAAGAGGUCACGCUGUACCGUGAAUCGGAUGGCUUUGUCAACAUGGGGUGGCCGUUCUGUGAGGGAUUUAGGUGUUAUGAGACCCCCACAAGCGAUUAUCACGCUCCAGUCUUGGCCUGGCCGCACAACAACCAACAAUCGGCAGUCGUUGCCGGCUUCGUGUAUCGUGGCAGCCACUUUCCUCCAAGCCUGUAUGGGACCCUCUUUUACGGCGACUAUGGACUGCGCUUUCUCAACAGCGCCGUCUUUGACGAGACUGGAUCGACCGUUGAAAGGGAGUUUCUCUUUGACACUGACCCUGGCCAGUUUACCACCCUGGAACCCAGCCCCCGAGAGGACUUGUGGAUUGGCAUGGUCUCAGGGAAGGUUGAUCGCUAUUUCUAUCUGGAAGACCCGUACGGUGGCCCCGUCCCACAACCCAUCACUGUGCCCCGCGAUCGCUACGUGCUGCUACCCGAGCCAAUGAACUUUACGUCGGCUCUUGCGGCAUGCUCGAAGCUCGAAGCCAUUGUGGUGGCGCCAGUUGACGAGCAUGAGCGUCUUCUUCUCGAACUGGCCCUCUACGAAUGGCUGACUGGCGAAACCUUGACGAUUGUUCCAGAAGUGAUUACUACCUACGUGGAUCACUGGGUGGCACUGGCACGCGAUGGUCGACCUGAUGUGCUUCAUGGUUUUCAAUGGCUCGAAGGCUCAGCUUACAAUGCGAGCGCUACGCCAUGGCAAGAUGGCGAGCCCAACAACUUGGGGCAGGUCUGCGUCUGGUCAGGCUACAACGGUGCUGGCAUGUUUGAUGACGACAACUGUGCAGCUGAGCAUCACGUUGUGUGUGACUUGCGUCGAGGUGUACCCGAGUUGUCCUCAACAACGCCCGGUCCGACAAGCACGACCUGGGGCGCGGGCAUCGGUACAACAUCUGAGAUGGGCACAAACACAAUGCCCAUGACGACCAUGUCCUCCGAGGUCAUGGUAUUGACGCUUGGGGUGGCGCUGCCCACUGAAGCCGUGGGGACGCAGCUUGAAACCACGGUCAAUUUUGACGGGCUCAACGUGUCCCUGCCUGUCACAUUGACUUUGCCUGUCGGGAGCCGUCAUGUCUUGCACGCGCUUUCGUCGCUGUGCCAGAACUACGCCCUCUGGGUUUUCACUGGAUGGAACGUCGGAGGCCCCGACCGCUUAGAGUUUGAGGUUUCUGGGGAGUGGCCCGUCAUCCGCGCUCGCUACGAACAACGAGGGCAGCGACCGCAUAAGCAGUGUCUGCCUUUCAAGCUGAUCUGA